GCGGCGUCUGUGUGUAUGUGUGUGAGUGUGUGAGUGUUGGCGGGAGAGUAGCGUGAGGUGGCAGUGUGCGUCUGUCAGCGGCGAGGAGAGGCAGUGGGGUGUGGGUCGUACACCUCCUGGAUCUCCAUCAGCUGAAGAGUAAGAAGCCCGUGAGUCAGCAGCCCAACCAGGAGUCUGUGCUGCGGGUUCAUCCACAUAUCUGGCAACGCAUUCUCACAACUCGAAACUGCAAUCAUCCACGUCUCCGCUGCCAUCACAGACCACAGCAGGGAGCGCAGGGACUAUCUCAAGUCACGGGGUCUCCUCCGCAGCUUUCCGCGAUCCAUCGUCAUUGCCGUCGCACCUCUCGCACACCUGAUCUGAGGCCACGCCGUGCUGGCUCGUCCACUAUGCUGGUAUCUAAAUUGCAGACUGAACACAACUAUAUUGAAGCAAACUGUAAACAUAAGAGACACCAGAACCACGGCCGUGUAACCACCAGAUAUAUGAAAAAGUGAAAUAUGAUAAUUAGUAUUUUAUCUGAGUACUUUUAGUGUGAUUAAAGAAUAUCUGAUCAGAUCAGAUAAGAUCUCUUUGCCACCUUACGGUGAGGGCAACCUUCUGUUUUCCUUUUCCCCUCCAUCUUAUAUCACAUAUUCUUUCCUCCUCCUCCUCUCCCCUCCUCCUUCCUUCCUUUGUGUGUUGCAUCUUUCCCAGGCGUGGCAAGCUUCAUCCCAGGACCAAAUGUUGCAGCCACAAAGAUUCUGGUUUUUACUAUUUGUGAUUACGUUGAAGGAAUUCUUAACGAAAACAAAAACUCUUACCGCAAAUAAGACCUUGAUGACAUUUUGAUUGCGGAGUUCUGUACUCAGCUGGUCUUUCUUCCUAAUCGAGUUGGUGCUGUAGUAUUUAUGGAAAGUGCUGCUAGUAGUUGUAGAACUUGUAGUGUGAGAAUCAUAUUUUUGGAUGUAUAGAAAAAUAGCUUCGUCUGUAGAAAAACCGUCGAAAAAAAAUAGCAGUUUGAUGUUACACAGAAAGUAAAAAAGAUCAAAUAUCUUAAAAGGACACACUUCAGAAAUUUUACAGAAAGUGUCCCGCUAAUAUUGAAUAAGGUGCAAAAAAGAUUGCCCUUUGUAAAAUCCUAUCCAACAUAGAAAGAAAAAAUAUUUGUUGUCUGUAAAGCACCACUGAAACUUAUUAAAAAAGCAGCAGACACUCAAACAGAUGUGGUCGUGACAAGGCAUCGGGGAGCAGCACGAGGCACACUCAAGGCUCUCCGCUGGAGGGUUAGUCAGUCGCCAGGCACGCCAGUGUGACCAGACUCACACGUAAGGAGGCAUAACUACAAAUAUACGCAUCGUGUAAGCAACGGUUCUCAGGUUUGACUUGGAAAGAGGAAAGAAAGUCUGCUCAGAAGAAGAAGAUGUUGCUCGCAUCAUGUUGUGGUCAAGAUGAUGAACUGAAGCGGACAUCAGUACAGUUACCAUUGAUGGAAGGCAACCAGUCCGCGCACAGAGUGAAGGAAAAUACAGUCAGUGGAAGCGGUACGCCGCCCAGGCAAAAGAAGUGUUGCGUUGAAUGUUGCCACAUCUUUCAUCACUUACUGGCGUUUUUUCGCGUCCUAGUGCACACCUAUUCCGCAGACAGUUGCGUCCCUCACUACGUCUUGUACUCACCUACCCGCCUCUGCCAACCAUGGGUGUGGCUGAGCGAUGCGGAAAGCAAAUGUUUUCAGUCACCCGGAAGGACAAGGCGAAGCAAGGGAAUGCCAGUCUGGGCUUGGGUGUUCAUGGUCGCAACAGUUCUGGCGUGGUGCUGCCCUGCACUGGCAGACCCGGGAGGAUGUCCUGUCGAACCCGCGCCGCCCAACAAAACCUGUCCCAGCAUGUACUUGGACGCCACCAACUUGCGUGACCUAUGCUCCUGCGUCAAAGUGUUCGGUUGUCUGCGCAUCUUAUUCAUCACUUCGGAAAAUAAAAGUGUGAAUGAGUACCUGCAGAGCCUUUCGUUCCCACACCUCCGGGAGAUCAGUGACUACCUUCUGGUGUACGACGUGGCGGGCCUCACCUCGCUCGGCACGCUCUUCCCCAAUCUCUCCGUUAUUAGAGGUGAGAUACUUUUCUUUAACUACGCCCUUGUUAUCCGCGGCUUGCCUCACCUGGAGGAGGUGGGGCUGUACUCUUUGACGACGGUGGUGCGGGGGUCCGUGUGGGUGAAGGACAACCCUCGCCUUUGUCAUGUGCACACCGUCGACUGGGACAGCCUCACCCUCCACCGCCUCGACCCAAAUGUUAUCAAGAAUAACAAGCCGCAGUCUGAGUGUGAGCCGUGCCCUGAACACUGUCGCGGGCCUCGCCGGUGUGACAGGGCUAGAUGUUGGAGUAAAACACGCUGCCAAAUCUUGUGUUCCGAGAGGUGCCAGGGACAAUGUGUUGCCGGGCAGGCCAGCGCCUCCGACACAAGCUCCACCGCCGCCACCGCUACCUGCGACACCCCAACCUGUGUCUCCCCCACACUCCACGCAGCCUGUCUCCACCACUCCGUCCAGAUGGAGACGAGACCCUUGGCUGUGUUGCCAGAGGCUGGCGAGCUGGGAGGUCAGUGCAGGAAAAGAAGAGGAGGAAGUGCACCAUCUUUUAAAACAUCCAAAAUAAGAGAGUGGUGUGAAUGUGAGGAGGGAGGAAGCCCCAACCUCUGUCGCUCCCCGGUGGUGCGGAGUGUCAGCCAGGCCCAGUGUCUCACUCACUGCUGUUCACUGGGGAAUCUCACCAUCCACUACACUGGCGGGGGAAUGAUUGACGGUGAACUUCAAAAGUACUUGAGAAACGUCGAGGAAAUCCGUGGAUAUCUUAAGAUCACAAAUACAAACGUAACAUCUGCCAAUAUUCUGCCCAAUCUUCGAAAAAUAGGAGGGCAACAUAAAGUUUACGGAAAGUUUUCGUUGGUAGUGCUGGACAACCCUCUGCUACAAAGCCUCGACUUCUGGAUCCAGAACCUCGCCAUUGAGUCCGGGGGGAUGUUUUUCCAGAGUAACCCGAGACUUUGCACAGCACACAUUCGCCACCUGGCAGACAGACUCAACAACACCGAGGCUGUCAUCUCCGCCACCAACGGCCAGGAGAUGCUGUGUCAGGAGGAGACGCUGAAGGCCACUGCUCGCCCCUCGCCACUUUGCGGAGAACUUGCAGUCUACGUGGAGUCAUCCAGCGCCACAACUAACACCACUUACUACGUCAGCUACAGGGAGGCGCGAGGCAACACCAGCGUCUCCUUCAGCCGUGACUCCUGCGUUAGUGACCUCGUGUGGACAGUGGUGGAGGUGUCUCGCCCUGUGGCUGGAGGGAGGCAGCGUUUGGUGGUGUUGAAGGGCUUGUCCCCUGCCACACGAUACGCUCUAUACAUCAGCACUGUCACAGCGAGGUCCAGCAUCAUCACAGCAACCACCACACUCUUCAACCUCAGUCAGCCAAGCCAGGUGGAGUGGAGAUCCCACAACGAGAGUUCCCUUCAGGUGUGGUGGACGCCCCCGCCUCUGCCUCAGAACGUGACCAUUUACCAGUACUUGGUGACCGUGCUGUUGCGUCCCGCACCAAGGUCUUCAUUUUCAUUGGAGUCUUCACGCGGCUAUGGCAGUGUAUCAGAGAGACAAGAAUCAACAACCAAAGCACAAGAAAUAGACAACGACGAGGUUUGUCCCGUGCCUUCCGAACCUGGCUGCUGUAGCUGUGAGACGCCACGCCCUCAGGAAGCCACACCACAAACAGCUUCUACUCUGAAACACUUUGAGACUUAUCUCGCCAACAGUGCAGGAAUCAGCAGUGUGCCGCAGGAUGGGACUUCACUUCCAAUAAGGAUCGACUCCCUGCUCAGUGACAGCGACUCCAGCGAGGAGGACGUGUCACGGUACAGUUCCAUUCUGAGUCAGUGGUUGCCAUGGGGCGCACGGCGUUCCCAGAUCCUGCCUGUCGAUAGAGACUACUUCUUCAGUGACGACACUCCUGAAAGGCACAAGAUCGGACCCAAAGGAGAGCAAGUCCCCGGCCGCUACGUGGAGCAUCGAGACGCGACGCCUAGGAAAGACACUAACGUGAUGCACUUGAAGACGUCCGACACCAGCAUCACACUCCACCACCUGCGCCACUUUUCUCUCUACACUGUGGCCGUCACCGCCUGCCUCCCGCCUGUUCUUUGCUUCAGAACGUCAUUGUCUGUCCAGCCCAAUAACAACUUCAGCAUCAGUGAACCCGUUAAGUGCAAGCUGUGCUCUACCGUCCCUGCUGUCGUCACCGCCUUCACUGACCCCAGCUCUGUUGCCGAUAUUGUACCAGAACAGUCGCUAAGAGUCCUCCAAGACAACACCUCCUCUUCACUGGUCAUGUCGUGGCUUCCUCCAUCUUCAGUCAACGGCAGAAUUCUGUAUUACUUCCUUCGAUGUAUCGGCCCACAUGGCGAUCCAUAUGAAAGAACUAUCAGUGUUGACAACCUGGAGCCGCAGGAGGAACGCCUGAGCUUUUCUCUCAAGGACUUUGAGGCGGGAAAUUACUCGUGCAGACUUUCUGCCAGGUCCCUUAAAGGAUACGGGAAUUUCACACUGCCUGUUUCAUUCAUCGUUAUGAGCAGCAGUUCCCCCGGAGAAAGUGACAGUUGGGUGCUGUGGACUGCGCUAGUGGGCGCAGCGGCAGCACUGGUGCUGGCUGUCGCGGUGCCUCUUUGGUUGUGGCGGUGGCGGACCAACACUCUGCCCAACAAACUGGAAGGCUCAUCCCUCAAUCCUUAUUACAAAAAGUGGCUUGCUCCCAAAGAGAGGUUCCUGGAAGAGUUUAUCUUGAACCGAAGUGAUCUCGUUUUCUCGAACUUAACGCCGCUGGGAUACGGCGCCUACGGCAUGGUGGUGGAGGGAGAGCUGCGGAUAAAUGGGCACUUUACGAGAGUAGCAGUGAAGACUCACUCAAACUCCAAUUCAAAAAAAAGGAUCAUAGAGUUCAUGAAAGAGGCCGAAAUCAUGCAACACUUUAAUUGCCAUCACAUCGUGCAGCUGCUAGGCGUGAUUGCAAACUGCGAACCCGUGUACUUAGUGAUGGAGCUCAUGGAGGCAAGGGACCUGAAGACCUACUUGCAGCGAUACAAGAAAUGUGUCACGGACCAGACUAUAUUGGAGAUGGCAGUGCAAGCAGCGGACGGCAUGGCGUACCUUGAGGCGAAGCGAGUGGUGCACCGAGAUCUGGCCGCCAGAAACUGCCUCCUGGAUAGCAGCCUCACUCUCAAGAUUGGAGAUUUCGGUCACGCCAGGAACCUUGAGUCAAAGCUGAACUACCAUACAAACAAAAAGCUGGAGACCCCCGUGCGUUGGAUGGCACCUGAGAGCCUGAUGGGCGAGCACAGCACCAAGAGCGACGUUUGGUCAUACGGCGUGCUGCUGUGGGAGAUGGUGACGCGAGGGAGUCGCCCAUACCAACGUAGCAGUUGUAGAGAAGUGAAGUUGUUAGUGACGGAGGAGAAGAUACACCUAGACCUGCCCAACCCCUGCCCACCGCCCCUCGCUGCCGUGAUGAGCCGCGCCUGGUCUCACUCUCCUUUCCACCGACCCACGUUUAGGGCCAUCACGGAUUUUUUGUUCCAGAACGUGAGUCUUGAGUUCCAGAAGAGGGUACAAAGGGUGUCCUUCGUGCACGACUUACAGACAAAAGCAGCCAGUGACGAGGACGAGUUUCACCUGCAGUGGCUCAUCAACACCACCCGCAGCACCAACACCACCACCAGUGACGAAGACUCACCUCAGUGGAGUCCAGUUGACCACUCUUGGGCGGCCACAUCUCUAUCCCGUUCAGUCUGGCAGCGGCAAUCAGGCCACGUGACGUUCGCGGAGAUGUCUGUCUCUCCCCAGGAACUUCAAAUCCAUACAAGUACAGUUGAUAACUCAAGCCCCGAGUCUUGCCACGGAGGUCAGAGUUUGUGUAGGCGAGAUGCUACUCAGGACAGCUCUAAUGUUCACACCAGAUAUCUCUCCCAGGAAACGUCACACACAUGGCAAACAGACAAACUGAACGAUGUCUCAGGAACAUGCCAGCACGGAAAUGGUCCUCCUGUACACUACAGAAAUAUUAAUGAGGUAACAUUUACUUCAUUACCAAAAACUUCUCGAGGCGGCAUCUCAAAGUCUUCAAUCUGGGGCGCUGCAUCUAAUGACGGUCCACUAUCAGCCGUCACUCAUUCCGUCCCCCCUAUUUCUUCAUCGUCACACACAGCUUCCUACUAUUCCUCUUCGCCCUCGAGAACUUCAUGUUCGUUGCAUCAUUCUUCUCUCCUUCCUUCCUCCUCUGGCAACAGUGCCCCUGAGUCUUCUAGCACUUUCCUUACGCCACCAGCCUCUCUGAUACCUCUCCAUACUUUGCAUGACACGCAGUCAGGUGCACCUCUACCUCAUGACUCCACCAGUGAGCUACAUGCUUCGCCGCCACUCCGUCGAGCUGCAGCUAUGUCCUCCACACUCGCGCGUGCCUUCCCACGCCUCUCCGAUGCAUCCGUCCACUCGUCUGUGCAUCACGCUGCAGGAAAUCUCCCUGCGCCUCGUCGACCUCUUACUAUUUUCUCACGUUGCAUUGCUGAUAUUCGUUUACAAAAAAAACUCAGUCUAAAGUCAAUAAGCCUGGCCCAGUCGAAUCCCAGUCUGGCCGCCAGUGAGCCGCUACUGUCCCACCAAGAAGCACCCAUUGGAUCUCAGUCCGUCUCGCCUUCCAUAGAUCACUUACCUGUCACUCCAGUGUCAGACUCCAACACAUCACUCUUAUCAACUAGACAUUCAUCCAUUAGAAACUCCUUUGCCAUCAAGGUAUCACAUUCUGAAGACCAAACACAUUCAACCAUGUUUCCAGUAGCCUGCUAUUCCCCUGCCCCUCGUAACUCAGCUGCAGCCGUUUCAGCACGUCCCAUUCCAGGCAGCGCACCACCCACCCUCCUUCUUACCAGGAAGACGCAAGUCUUUAGUGCUACAAGUGACCUUGGCACCGGUUGUCACCGCUGCAGCCGCCGCUACACCUCUCUCACCGAAGAUGGCGGGGAGCGGCAGUGACCGACGCGGCUGCAUCUCCGCAUCACUUGGUGUGGAUACUCGUUUGUGUCGUUGUUGUCAUCGCUGUCAGUUGUUCACUCAUAGCAUAAGUGUGUGUGUGUGUGUGUGUGUGUGUGUGUGUGUGUGUGUGUGUGUGUGUGUGUGUGUGUGUGUGUGUGUGUGUGUGUGCAUUCCUGACAGAUUUCUGUUGGUCGUACAACAAAGUAUUACGUCAUGCAAACUGUAAAAAGUGGUACGCAUAACCGCUGGUCAAACUUCUUGUUUUACCGCGGCGCACAUUUUGUACCAUUAUUAUUUUGUUUGUUUAUUGAUAUACUUUUUUUCAGUUUCUUAUGUCUAGAUGAGAUAAAUUUGUUGGUUAUAAUAUGAACAAGUUCAUUUAGUACAGCAUACAAACCGUUAUUUGUAUAGUUCUCAGCAGGGAGAGGAAGGACUUUGUACAAACACGUUGGUCGCUGAUGGAGGAGAGUUACAUUCUUGUGUUGUUCAUCCGUGGCAUUCCGACUCAUUUCCAUCACCACUUUUCUCACUGGUUAGUCCCCAAGGAGACUUAAAGAGGCUAGUGGUCCUAAAGUGAGUCAGACGGAGAAAUUAUCUCAGUUUCGUGUUGGCAAUGUGACGGGAAGGAUGCCCUACUUUCAUGGCAGACUGUUUGUGUGCCAAAUUGCUUCUCCUUUGGCCUGAAACAUGAAUUGCAACACCUGAUAGUGUCUCACAUGCAUAAAUACAUGGAAAGGUCCUUGUUAUUGCCUUUAAUGUCACUGACACAAACUUAGGUUUCCUCUUGAGGGGAAAGAUAGUUUUCCAUUUCAUUUUCCUUUUUCCAAAACUCUAGAGCUCGUGUUUGGCGCUAACCAUUCAGUCAUCACUUUCCUCAGUUUCAAGUUACACUCACAUAUAAAAGAUAGGUUGAAAAUAUAAAAUCAUGAUGAAUAAUGAAAAAUGGAGAGGCACAUGAGACUCAGCUUGAUGUCUUCUUUAUGUCAGAUGCAAAUAUACAGCUUGAUAGAUAAAUGACUGAAUAGAUACAGUAGAUAUGAUGACUGAUCGAUAAACUAACUGAAAAAAAAUAUUCAUGCUAUGAUUUAUGUUUACAAAUCACUUUCUUUCCUAUGAUUAAUGAAAGAUUGUGUGAAUUAAUGAAUACUAGUUUGGAAGUCAUGCGCUAUAACACCACCAGGUUUACUUACUGAAAGAAACGCUCUCAGUCGUGAUAAGCAUUUGAUAGAUAGACAGUCAUAGCUUUCUUCUUCACUCGCUAUGAAUAUUGAUGUAUGUAAGAUAGCUGCCUUAAUAGUAAAGUUUGCUUUCUAAAUCCCUUUACCUUUUCUAUCCUAUCAAAGAUAUCAGCUUACAAUGUACAUAUGUCCUUUAUUUACUUCAUUGUUUUUCCUUGCAAUCUUAGCAUUUUCCACCAUGCCAAAGUUCAAAUGACACGAUGCACUAAUUCUCAAAACUUAAUGUAUGCGCUCACUCAUAAAUCUCUCGUUUCUUGUUGGUGCGAUAUUCAUAGACGCAUCGCCUACCAUCGUACUGAGGACUGUUCACUCUUGUCACGCUGCCAUCAUAAUUUUCAGCAUCUGAGGCUUCACUAUCACGAAGCAUCACACACUAUACACUUUGCUGAUGGUGAUGGUGACGGUGAUGGUGACGCUUAAGUGUUACGAAGAAUUCUGUUGGUCAAUAAUGCUCUCUCUCUCUCUCUCUCUCUCUCUCUCUCUCUCUCUCUCUCUCUCUCUCUCUCUCUCUCUCUGU